AUGGUGUCUAACGAAAACGAAUCCGGCGGGAAGAUUCCCAAUGCCGAAUCUAUCAGUGCCCUAGAUCAGAUCGAUGUUGAACCAUGUUGGGAUGAGAAUUCCCUGGCUCUGGACUUAUCGCUGGACCCGGUCCUCGAAGUUCAAGACGAAAACGAGCCGUGGAAUGAUGACCCGUUCGAGUUCCCAACGCUUUUCCCCGGAGUACCUGGGCCCAUGGAUCUAACCCCGGAUGCUUGGGAACUACUCUCGUACUAUCGGGAUCGGGUGAUUCCUCUGUUAUCGCCACUGAAUAGUGCCCACCACAAGUCUCCGUGGAAUCAUCUCAUUCUUCCAACGGCCAUGAACGUACUGGCGGAGAAGUCUAUGGGGGUUACUGUAACCGCAACGCGAUCUGCUUUGCUGAAUGCCAUCUUGGCGACCAGUGCGUUUCACCGACGAGUAUCAGGGGGUGAAUAUUGGCAAGUAACGUCAGAGUCCUAUCAGAAGCAAGCCGAGCAAGACCUCUUGGGUGGCUUUCAGAGGGAAUUAGGGUCCGCGCAGAAGCGAGUGAAGUACAAGGAAGUGCUCAUGGCACUCGUCAAUCUGGCGACAUUGUCGGUUUUCCAAGGCGAACCAGACAAGCUGCUAGCGUGCCUGUUGAUUGCAGAGAGGUAUAUUCGCACCAAAGGAUUGACCAAGCGCCGCCUGUCGCGCAAAGUCCGCCUACUACACCAUUGCUACGCUUAUUUGCGCAUCAUCAACGAAACAGUGCUGCUACCGGAUAUUGUGACUGACAAGGGCCACGAGUUGCAGUCCAUCCUAGACGCUCCUGGACCACCGAGUGAGGCGCCACUCCGGAUCACCAAAUGGAUGGUCGUGCCCGACUUUGGGCUCAGUAGCGCCAAGGAUUUACAACUGGGUCAAAAUGACCUGCAUCUGGAGUUCCCCGGACGGUGGGAUCUCACGAUGUAUCCUGAGAUUUUUGGAAUUCCCGAAUCUUUCGUCGGGCUGGUCUCCCAUAUUACCCGACUGGGGAAUGAACGAGAUCGCCUUCUGAACGGCAGCCCUGCCGACAACGGGUGCACACCAACAAUGCGCGACUUUCUACUGCGGGCCAAGUUGUUGGAUGAGCAUGUGUGUCGGUGGGAGCCACCGUCCGGUCCUCAUCACUUCAUGUUCUGCGCCAUGCAAAAGGCUCUGUCUAUCUUCUUCUACCGACGCGUGUAUGACGUGGACGUGACAACCCUACAACAUUCCGUGCGGCAGGUCCGAGAUUUGCUGGCACAGAGCCAAACGUGGUAUACCGAAUCGGGACAGCGCGGUGUCUUCCCCGUGUGGCCGGCAUUCGUCACGGCGUGCGAGGCAUUGAGCCCAGAUUUGCAGGAAUUCUUCCAAACAUGGUUCGAGCAAGGCUUUCAGCAGGGAGGGUUGGCAUCAUUCCGACUGGCGGCAUCGAUAGUGCGGGAUGUCUGGGGCAAUCGGGCGCAGGUGAGGGGCAAGGCUGUGCACUGGCCAGAGAUAAUGCGGUCGAAGAAACUGGCGAUGGUGUGUAUGUAG